AUGUUUUUGUACUCCCCAAAAACUAUUAAAGAAAGGAACAUCUUUCCUUUCAAGCAGAGUCGGUGCGACGCUCCAAUUACAUUUUAUGGAUGUAAGCAAGAACUACUUCAGCAGUCACCACCACAGGAGCUCAUUAAGUUUCUCUGCCACUGGAAAUUGAUUCUUUUAAGAUACGAUUAUGUUAUUCUUACACAAUAA